AUGUCUGAAAGAUCGGACGCAGCACAUGGAUCUAUUAUUCUUUUCUUCCAACAGGAAAAGCAUGCAAAAAUUUGCCAAAAGGCAGCAACUAAAAGGAGAAAGGUUUUUGAUUCCAGCCGACAGAGAGCCGAGGGAACAGACAUCUCUACGCUAAAACCGAUCAAACCAAAGUCUCAAAGCUCAGCUGCCUCACAGAAAGCAGAGCCUCCUAAGAAGCCCUCCAAUUGGCGCAAGAAGCAUGAGGACUUUAUUGCCACCAUUCGAGCUGCCAAGGCCGCCACUCAGGUAGUGAAGGAAGGGGGGGCGCUACCUCCACCUCCUCCUCCAUCUUACGAUCCAGAUUACAUCCAGUGCCCGUGCUGUCAGCGGAGGUUCAAUCAGAAUGCGGCUGACAGACACAUCAAAUUCUGCCAGGAGCAAGCCGCCCGCAUGCCCAAUAAAAACAAGUCAGGAGAUGCCAAGAAGCCUCCAAGUCGCACACAGGUUAAGCCUCCUGGUCUUGUAAAGAAAGCAAACUCUCCUGCUGCAUCAGCAAUCCCCUCAGCCUCUUCCCGUUUACCCCAGAGAUCAGGCCUGGGACAGAGCACUGGAAUCCCAUCAAGUAAGGCCAACACAGCAGGCACAGUCAGAGCGAAUCCCUCUGGACUCUGCAGCCCACCGUCCAGGUGA